AUGGACAUGGGCACCCAGGGCUCGGGGCGCAAGCGGCUCCCCAACAGGGAGCGGCUGUCGGCGGAGGACGAUGCGCUGAACCAGAUCGCGCGCGAGGCGGAGGCCAGGCUUGCAGCGAAGCGCGCAGCCCGCGCCGAGGCUCGGGAGAUCCGCAUGAAGGAGCUAGAGCGGCAGCAGAAGGAGAUCUAUCAGGUUCAGAAGAAAUACUAUGGGCUGGAUACAAAAUGGGGUGACAUCGAGCAGUGGAUGGAAGACAGUGAACGUUACUCUCGUAGACUUCGAAGGAACACAUCGGCUUCCGAUGAAGACGAACGCAUGUCAGUGGGUAGUCGCGGCAGUCUAAGGUCGCAGCCCGACGUGGAGUUUAGGGGCAACUUCACCUGGACAAAUGGUUAUGAUGGAGACGUGUACGGAUCCCAGCCCCUGAAUAGAAGAUCUGGCAGGCCCUCCUGUCUGUGCAGUGCGGCUUGGCCUUCCGGGAGCCACAGGGUGUCCCUGUUUGAUGAGAGCAGCCUCAGCGGGGCUCGGCGGGGCAGUGCCUCUGGCUCCCGAGCUCCCUCAGAAUACAGCGGCUACUUCAACUCCAGCUCUCGAGCCUCCUCUCGGGCCAGCUCGGCCCGCGCCAGCCCCGUGGUUGAAGAGAGACCAGAAAAAGACUUUGCUGAGAAGGGGUCUCGUAACAUGCCCAGCUUGUCCGCAGCCACCCUGGCAUCUCUGGGUGGAACGUCCUCCCGAAGAGGGAGUGGGGACACUUCCGUCUCCAUUGACACCGAGGCGUCCAUGAGGGAAAUCAAGGAGCUCAAUGAAUUAAAGGACCAGAUUCAGGAUGUAGAAGGAAAAUAUUUUCAGGGACUAAAAGACAUGAAGGACUCGCUAGUGGAGGUUGAAGAGAAGUACAAGAAGGCGAUGGUAUCCAAUGCCCAGCUGGACAAUGAGAAGACCAACUUCAUGUACCAGGUGGACGCCCUCAAGGACACGUUGCUGGAGCUGGAGGAAGAGCUGGCUGAAUCCAGGCGGCAGUAUGAAGAGAAAAACAAAGAAUUUGAAAGGGAGAAACAUGCCCACAGCGUCCUGCAGUUUCAGUUCGCUGAGGUGAAGGAGGCCCUGAAGCAACGAGAAGAAAUGCUUGAAGAAAUCCGACAGCUACAGCAGAAACAGGCGAAUUGUAUCAGGGAGAUUUCUGACCUUCAGGAAACUGUAGAGUGGAAAGACAAAAAGAUAGGGGCCUUAGAAAGGCAGAAAGAGUUCUUUGAUUCCAUAAGGAGUGAACGGGAUGAUCUUAGAGACGAAGUAGUCGUGCUGAAAGACAAACUGAAGAAACAUGGAAUCAUCCUAAACUCAGACACAGCUGCCAAUGGAGAGACAUCCAGCACGUUUAAUAAUGUCAGCCACCAGCGUCCCACCAACAUGACAGAAGAAGAACUUGGUGCCCUCAAGUUGACAGGAGACCAGCCACUCGAUAUUAGGUUGAAAAAGCUGGUGGAGGAACGGGAAUGUCUUCUGGAACAGGUGAAGAAACUCAAAGGGCAGCUGGGACAAAAACAGAAGGACGGAAAGCUGGGUGACUUACGGUCUGAAGAGGACAUCGUGGAAAACGGGACCGACGUGCACGUCCUGGAUCUACAAAGAGAUGCCAACAGACAGAUCAGCGACCUCAAAUUCAAACUUGCAAAAUCCGAGCAAGAGAUCACUGCAUUAGAACAAAAUGUAAUAAGGUUAGAGGGUCAAGUAUCACGUUAUAAAUCGGCUGCUGAAAAUGCAGAGAAAAUAGAAGAUGAACUGAAAGCCGAAAAACGAAAACUCCAAAGAGAGCUCCGUUCCGCACUGGACAAAACAGAGGAGCUUGAGGUCAGCAACGGCCACUUGGUGAAACGUCUGGAAAAAAUGAAAGCAAACCGGAGCGCCCUCUUGUCCCAGCAGUAA